UUGCAUUGACAUUUAAAAGUACACUGUGCAGAAAUGCUCAGUCACUUUUUGUAAACAACACUGACACUUGUCCCUCCUCGCGGGCGGAACGCCGUCAAAAGCACACCACCCUUCCUUGACAUUACCUCAGUUUGCCAGAACACACACAGCACGGCCGACUCAAGAGACUACCGGCACGAAGAUGAGUGAUGACAUUGAGCUUGCUGAGUGUCAACCCCACUGUGAAAAUGAGACCAUGGUUCCAGUACUGACUUCAAAAAAAGCUGAACUAACCUGAAAUGAGGUUGCCUGUGCACUGCAGGCUGACCUGCAGUUUGGUCUCACCCAGGAGGAGGUUACACGACGUCGCACCUACCACGGCUGGAACGAGUUUGACAUAAGUGAAGAUGAACCACUCUGGAAAAAAUAUAUCUCUCAGUUUAAAGACCCACUCAUCCUGUUGCUGCUGGCAUCCGCUGUCAUCAGUGUUUUGAUGCGUCAGUUUGAUGAUGCCGUCAGUAUCACCGUGGCCAUUAUUAUUGUUGUUACAGUUGCCUUUGUACAGGAAUACCGCUCUGAAAAAUCCCUGGAGGAGCUGGGGAAACUUGUGCCUCCAGAAUGCCAUUGUGUUCGAGAAGGACAUCUGGAGCACCUUCUGGCACGAGAGCUUGUGCCUGGGGACACCGUCUGUCUGUCAGUCGGAGAGAGAGUCCCAGCUGACCUGCGUCUGUUUGAGGCGAUGGAUCUGUCAGUUGAUGAGUCCAGUCUGACAGGAGAGACCACCCCCUGCACCAAGACCUCUGCCCCUCAGCCGGCUGCCACCAAUGGCGAUAUCACGUCCCGCAGUAAUAUUGCCUUCAUGGGUACGCUUGUGCGCUGUGGGAAGGCCAAGGGCAUUGUCAUAGGCACUGGAGAAAACUCUGAAUUUGGUGAAGUUUUUAAGAUGAUGCAAGCAGAGGAGGCUCCUAAAACCCCAUUACAGAAAAGCAUGGAUUUGCUGGGAAAACAGCUCUCCCUUUAUUCCUUCGGGAUAAUCGGAGUGAUCAUGAUGGUCGGAUGGCUUCAGGGGAAGUACAUUCUAGACAUGUUCACCAUAGGUGUCAGCCUGGCUGUGGCAGCUAUCCCAGAAGGCCUCCCCAUUGUAGUGACUGUGACUUUGGCACUGGGAGUGAUGAGGAUGGUGAAGAAACGGGCCAUCGUUAAGAAACUGCCUAUAGUGGAGACGCUGAGCUGCUGUAAUGUGAUCUGCUCCGAUAAGACAGGCACUCUCACUAAAAAUGAGAUGACAGUCACUCACCUGUUCACCUCUGAUGGACAGCACGCUGAAGUCACUGGCGUCGGGUACAACAAUUCUGGAGAGGUUUUGAUGGAUGGAGAGGUGGUACAUGGCUUUUCCAACACCUCCUUCAGCAAGAUUGUGGAGGCUGGCUGUGUGUGCAAUGAUGCAGUAAUCAGGAGCAACACCCUGAUGGGCCGUCCUACUGAAGGCGCCCUCAUCGCCCUGGCUAUGAAGAUGGGUUUGGAGGGGCUGCAGCAGGAGUUUGUGCGUCUGGAAGAAAUUCCCUUCUCCUCAGAGCAGAAGUGGAUGGCGGUCCGCGUUGUCCAUCGCACCCAGCAGGACAAACCUGCCAUAUUCUUUGUGAAGGGUGCCUAUGAGCAGAUCAUCCGCUUCUGUACUUCCUACAACAGUCAAGGGGUCACUCUGCCUUUGACCAAUCAGCAGAGAGAACUCUUCCAGCAGCAGAAGAGCUACAUGGGCACUGCGGGUCUCAGAGUGCUGGCGUUUGCUUCUGGAUCUGAGAUGGGCGCUCUUACCUUCCUGGGGCUGGUGGGCAUCAUCGACCCUCCCAGAGCGGGAGUGAAAGAGGCAGUGGCGACGCUGAUCAGCUCUGGAGUGUCAGUGAAGAUGAUCACAGGGGAUUCACAAGAGACUGCAGUGUCAAUUGCAAGUCGACUAGGCCUCUAUACCAAAGGUUCUCAAUCUCUGUCUGGAAACGAAGUCGACCAGAUGGACAUCCAGCAUCUCUCUCAGAUAGUGCCCAGGAUAGUGGUAUUCUACAGAGCCAGCCCUAGACACAAGUUAAAGAUAGUUAAGUCCUUACAGAACAUCGGUGCCGUUGUCGCAAUGACGGGAGACGGUGUCAAUGACGCGGUGGCUCUGAAGGCAGCAGACAUCGGUGUGGCAAUGGGUCAGACUGGGACUGAUGUGUGCAAAGAGGCAGCAGACAUGAUCCUGGUAGACGAUGACUUUCAGACUAUCAUGUCUGCUAUUGAAGAAGGGAAGGGGAUUUACAACAACAUUAAGAACUUUGUGCGCUUUCAGCUGAGCACGAGCAUUGCUGCCCUCACCCUCAUCUCCCUGGCAACACUUAUGAACUUCCCCAGCCCUCUGAAUGCCAUGCAAAUCCUUUGGAUCAACAUCAUUAUGGAUGGGCCGCCAGCCCAGAGUUUGGGAGUGGAGCCUGUCGACCAAGACGUGAUCAGGAAACCUCCACGAAAUGUUCGAGACAGCAUCAUCACCCGCAGUCUGAUAGUGAAAAUCCUAGUGUCGUCCUUCAUCAUUGUUUGUGGCACAUUGUUUGUGUUCUGGAGAGAGCUGCGGGACAAUGAGAUCACCCCACGGGACACCACCAUGACGUUUACCUGUUUUGUGUUCUUCGAUAUGUUCAACGCUCUGAGUUCCCGAUCACAGACACGGAUGGUGCAUGAGUUGGGCUUAUGCAGUAAUAGGAUGUUCUGCUAUGCAGUUCUGGGCUCCAUCAUGGGCCAACUCCUGGUCAUCUACUUCCCUCCGCUACAGAAGGUCUUUCAAACUGAGAGCCUCAGCAUUUUAGAUCUGCUGUUCCUGGUGGGCCUCACGUCCUCUGUGUGCGUGGUAUCGGAGGUCAUAAAGAAAUUAGAGAGACUCAGAGGUGGAGAAAACAUGGCAGACACUGAUGAUUUCCAUGACGUAUGACACACAUUGUGUCCCGUGCAGGAGAUGGAGGGUGGGGCUGGGGCACGUGGCUUGGAAUGUCACUCAGGCUGGUCUCAUACCGUACAAAACUAUCCGAAGUGAUCAGUCGGGUCUGACCCGUAUGUACAGUACCCUUUUAAGGUGAAGACCAGGAGCCGAUUGUGGAGCGAUGAUCUGGUCCUGGCUGAAAUGUCGUCUCUUGACACGUGCCCUUUCCCGUGGAGAUGCUUUGGUGUGCUGCUUUAUGACUGUACUACUUUCCCAUAGCAUCUGGGUGAACUUUAUUUAUAAGAUACUGUAUCUGUCCAUACAGUGGCUGUAUUGAAUUCAUGAUUUGAGGGAUGUAUUAUGAUUAUUAUUAUAAUUAUUAAAAGGAUUUUGUGUCUUUCAAAUCUCAUUUGUUUAAGCAUUUCUGGUUAGAGGUUUGUGGAACAAUGUGGAUAAAGCCUUUCUGCAUUCCAAAUUAUGCUUAAAUAAUCAUUUAUUUUGCAUUUAACCAUGAGUGGAAGGUCCAGUGUUUUGUGGAACGGACCACUCAGAGUGUGAAUUAAGACAUGCGUGAUGUGCUAAAUCAAUCAUCAUGGAUGCCAUAUUCAUUUUAUAACACCGUGAAACAGGCACUGUUUAGAUUUUGAUUUAUAGCAAAACACUGCAAAGGCUUUCUCAUUAUCUGCUUUUUAUAAUGACUUUCUAUUUGAAGAUACAAGAUGACACAAUACGAUGGCGUUACGAGAUUACUGGGUCCCACUUUAUGAUGAUCCAC